ACUGCGCGCUAGGAAGCGGGCCGGGUCGUGCCAGGCCGUGCGGGGGCCGAUGCUGCGCGUCGGGCUGCUGCGCCGCGCACUGGGCCGCCCUCGCGGCUGGGCGGGCGAGGGGUCUGCCCUGCGGGCCGCCCUGGGGCUGACAGUGCCGCCGGGGCUGACAGUGCCGCCGGGGCUGACAGUGCCGCCGUGCGCUCGGGGGCUGCGCUGGGCGGGUAAAUUUUAUCAACGUGUCACGACAGAGGCCUCCCAAGCCACCUUAGCUAGCGUGUCUCCCGUUUUUGCAGUGAUGAAGCUCGACAAAGAGGGAAAUACUACCUGUUUUGAAAAGAAGAAAACUGAAUUGUAUCAGGAAUUGGGUCUUCAGGCUCGGGAUCUAAGAUUUCAACACCUAAUGAGCAUUGCAACUAGGAAUAACAGGAUCAUCAUCAGAAUGGAGCUCUUGAAGGCUGUCGUAACACCAGAGUGUGUUCUGAUACUAGAUUAUCGUAAUUUAGAUCUGGAGUACUGGCUUGUCAAUGAACUAGCACCUCAGCUGGCUGGGGAAGGCCAACUAGUUACAUAUUCCCUGCCUUUUGAAUUCCGAGCCAUAGAAGCAAUCCUGCAGUACCGGAUCAGCAAACUGCAAGGGAGACUUAACACUUUGCAGCCUCAGAUCCUUGAGACACUGGAAGCUCUAGUGGACCCCAAGCUUUUGUCUGUGGAUAGGAGUAAACUACACGUUCUCCUGCAAAAUGGCAAGAGCUUGUCAGAACUGGAAACAGAUCUUAAAGUUUUCAAAGAAACAAUUCUGGAGAUCUUAGAUGAAGAAGAAUUAAUAGAAGAGCUCUGUCUAUCUAAAUGGACUGAUCCACAAGUAUUUGAGGAGAGUGCAUCUGGGAUUGACCAUGCAGAGGAAAUGGAGCUGCUGCUGGAGAACUAUUACAGACAAGCAGAAGAUCUUGCAAAUGAAGCUCGUGAGCUCAGAGUGCUGAUUGACGACUCAGAAAGCAUCAUCUUUAUCAACCUGGACAGCCACCGUAAUGUGAUGAUGAGACUGAACUUGCAGCUGACUAUGGGGACUUUCUCUCUCUCUCUCUUUGGACUGAUAGGAGUUGCCUUUGGUAUGAACUUGGAGUCAUCUCUUGAAGAGGACCCCAGAAUAUUUUGGCUGGUGACGGGGAUUAUGUUUCUGGGAAGCGGUCUGAUAUGGCGACGCUUGCUUUCCUUCCUUGGGCGGCACCUAGAACCUCCACUACCUCCUCACGUUCCUGAAGUUUUGAAAAAAACCCAACCAGCAGCUGGAAGAGUGGAGAUAAAGAACAGCCUUAAAGCAGAAACAUUUGGGCUCAGCAGAAGUGCAUUAAUGAACCGAUAGGAAGAGUAGGAAUAAAGAGACUUUGUUACAGGGCAGACUUUGGAUACUGCCCCUUCAUUUGUUCUUCCUUAUUGAAAACCACAAGAAUUUUUACAUUUGCUAAUUUAAUAUAUAUAUAUAGUGCCAAAGAAAAAAAUAUGGCGAGAUUUUAAUUCUUGUAGAGGAAAGGAGAGAAACACAAGGGAAACUGGUAACAUGCUUUCCACAGUAGUCUCACCUCCACCCCAUGUAUGUUCCAUUAGGUUUAUGAGUCACAUACACAGUAUUGCUAGCUUAAAGGAUGACAGCAGUCAGCAUUCAUCAGUAAUUCUGGUUCUGAGCUGCAGAUUUAGGAGUCCAAUUUAAGUGUCAAAGGAAAAUAAUCCCAGAUGUGGCCCUUUUAAUGGAGUUUUAAGGCCAUUUCUCUUUGCAGAGAAUAGGUUUUCUGAAGUACAUUUUUGUGAAGCAUCAUGUCUAAAUCAGCAAUAACCA